AAAUUUAUUCUAAGAACAUAGUACAAAACCAAAGAAAGUUUAAACACUACACAUAGAAAAUAUGCUAAUAUAUCUUCGCUUAUAUAAGACAAUAGAAGUGAAUGUGCCCUGAGAGAAACGCUGAGGGACCUGGUUCCUGACACUGGAGUGCAUGCAGAUAGUUGUGUUGCUGUUGCUCUGCAGCUGUGCCCUCAGAGCUGCCACUUACCUUUUCGGGUCUGUUUCCCACUUUUAGGUGGGAUGAUUUCUUAGAUACUACAGCUUAGAAUAGUAUUGGUUGGGUAAAUAUUAAGCAUUUGUUAAGUUUAAAUAAAAGCUUACUGUGUGAAAGCAGGAUGUAAAAGUGGGGUGUUGGACCAUGUUCUCUCGGUGACAGAACAAAUGCACAGGUUCUGGGCAAAUCCACGGCACCUAAAGCUGUCAGAAACAACCCAAACCAUGUGCAUCUGUAAAGUAGCUUUGAAUACUUUUCUAGAUUCCCUGGAUUUAUGAAAUAAACAUUUGUAUCAAUAAACUGGGUAAUAGUGAUACACACCUUUAAUUCCAGCACUCGGGAGACAAAGCCAGGUGAACCUCUGAGUUUGAGGCUAGUCUGGUCUAAAGUGAGUUCCAAGACAGCCAGAGCAACAGAGAGAAACCCUGACUUCAAAAAAGAAAAAAAGAUCAAUAAAUUACAUUUUAAAUAUAAAUUUAAGAUUAUGUAACUUUGUAAGUAUACUGAGUAUAUUAAUUUAUAAAUUUCAAAUAAGUGAAUUAUUUGGCUUGUGAUUAUAUCUCAGUAAAGCUUUGUAAAUUAAGAAAAAUAACUAAGUUGAAAUAUCUGAAAACUUCUAAACAGCUUUUGAAGUCACUGGGAAAGUGGUUAUUUGGGUGUUAUAUUCAAAUUUAACUUUUGUGCUUAAAUAAUAUGUUCUGAGAUGAGUAUAUUUAAUUAUUUUAAAACUUUCUCUUUGACCCAUCUUCUCAAAUGGCUGCAGGAAGCCCAAGGACCAAGUGCUAGAAGAUCCAGCUUAAAAAAUGUGUCAGACCUGUUUGUGAUGGGAGGCGCUCUUAUUCUGGAGUCGGCAGCUCUCUUGCACUGGCUGGAGAGGGAAGGUUAUGGACCUCUCGGAAUGACUGGAAUAUCCAUGGGAGGACAUAUGGCCUCCUUAGCAGUUUCCAACUGGCCCAAGCCCAUGCCAUUGAUUCCAUGCCUGUCUUGGUCCACCGCAUCUGGGGUCUUCACUACGGGUGUAUUGAGUAAAUCUAUUAAUUGGCGGGAGCUGGAAAAGCAGUAUUACACACAGACAGUUUAUGAAGAAGAAAUUAUUCAUAUGCUAGAGUACUGUGGGGCAGAUUCUUUCAAAAUGGGACAUGACUUCAUGAAACACUUCCCUAGCAGUGCAGACAAGCUGACCAACCUAAAUCUGGUUUCCAGAACAUUAAACUUAGAUACAACAGACCAAGUUGUGUCCCCAAAGCAUGUUGAGUGCCAUAAUUCUGGUAAAACAUCUGUCAGUACUACUUCAAAAGGACACUUGUUGCAAGAUACCGCUAAGAUGGAAUGCCUGAAUCAAACACUCUCAACUAACAAAAGUCGUUAUGCAAAUUACAACCUUCAGUCACCUCACCUGCUCAGCAAAGAACAGAAAAGAAGCAAUCUUCAGAAAGAAUCUCUGAUCUUCAUGAAAGGAGUCAUGGAUGAAUGUACUCAUGUAGCAAACUUCUCAGUUCCAGUUGACCCAAGCCUCAUUAUAGUGGUACAAGCCAAAGAGGAUGCCUAUAUUCCACGGACAGGAGUUCGAAGCCUGCAAGAAAUUUGGCCUGGUUGUGAAAUCCGGUACCUAGAAGGGGGUCACAUCAGUGCUUAUCUCUUUAAACAAGGACUCUUCAGACAAGCCAUCUAUGAUGCCUUUGAACGUUUCCUUCAUAAAUAUGCUAACUAAUCGGAUCAAUGGAUCCUACUAAAAGCGUUCACCCUACGAUGAUGUGAAAAACAAGCAGGCAGCGCUACUUACCUGAUUGCUGCCAUAUAGUCUGUGUGCCAGUGUUAUGGGUCAGUUACCAACUGUAGAUUUUAUUAAUGUAAAAGCAAUACUUGAAUCAUACAAUCCUGAAGUGUUUGUUACUCUUGAAAAUCUCAUAUAUCCAAUAUGACAUCUGUUGUUAAUAUUUAUAAAAACAUUUUAAUUAUGAAUAAUUUAUUGAUUCUGAAUAAAUAGGAACCCUAUUGGUUUUUAAUAGAAUUGUUGAAACUAAGAUUAUAUAACGUAUGUACUGUAUACUGUUAUAUGGCAUUUUUUGCUAUUAACUUGAUUUUAAAACCUGUGUUCCUCCUUUUUGUCUAUGUAGUGGGUUUAUAAUCUAGCUUUCAACUUUAGGUAAUUUACUGCCAUAGAAAUACCUAAGAUGUGCAAAUCAGUGUUACCUUUGAAUUAUGAAAACUAUCCUGACUGCUGAGCUGUGCCUCUGUGUACAAACUGCAAUCCCAGCACUUGAGAAGUGAAGGCAAGAGGGUCAAGAGUCCCAUCAUUGUUCUUUACAGAGCACAAUUGAGGCCAGCCUGAGCUACGCGAGACCCUGUCUCAAAAAAAUGUGUCUGGCUUGGUAGCUCAGGCCUUCAAUCCCAGCAGGUGGGAGAGAGGCCUGCAGAGCUCUAUUGAGUUCAAGGCCAGUCUGGUCCCUGCGGCAAGUGGCAGGCCUGCCAAAACUACAAGACUGUCUCAAAAAAAAAAAAACCAAACAGUAACACGACAGUAUAAAACAAGACCUUACUGCUUUGUAAUGUUUUACUAACAACCUGAAUGCUGAAACAUGCAAAUAAGAUUAGUUAGACUAGAGCAGACUUUAAAGUGUUAUCAAACGUUAGGUCAGAAAAGUGCCAGGGCUGGGGCUGUACUUGCCCAGCCUGUGAAGACUCUGAGGCCAGUCCCCAGUCUGCCAAACAGAAAGAAAACCUGUAUGUGUCUGGGGUAGGGGGGUCAAACAUGCUCUCUAUAUUUAAGAGAGCUUUGUCUUGAAAAAUGGAUAUGCUAGAUGAACUUUUCACUAGAUACUAGAUUCUUUCAGGCAUUUCUUACACACCUGGUUGUUCUGUUGCUUAAAGACUGAGUUAACAGCUUUGACUUUUUGAUUUCAGAAUUUAAUAGCUACAUAUGAAAUUGAACCAUUGUACAGAAAAACUUGAGGCUUUAUACACUGCUGACUUUUAAAUGGGAAUUAUAUGGAUAGAUAUAUGGUGCUGAUAAUAAACCUCUCUGAGCAAGAACGUUUAAAAGGUAAUAUUAAAAUGUGUUUGUUUGAAAUCUGUAUUGCUCUUAAAUUUAAGUUUAAUGGAGAUAUGUGGAUUUUUUUUCUUUUUUUCAAGCCAGGGUUUCUGUGUAGCCUUGGAGCCUGUGGAUAGGUGGAUAUUAACAUGCCUUUGGCAGCUUUUUAAAGAUGCUGCAUCAUUCUAAUGUCUGUUCCUAAAGUUCCCGACAGCUGUUUAAACAUUUUUACUGUGGGGGGCUGGAGAGAUGGCUCAGGAGUUAAGAGCAUUGUCUGCUAUUCCAAAGGUCCUGAGUUCAAUUCCCAGCAACCACAUGGUGGCUCACAACCAUCUGUAAUGAGGUCAGGUGCCCUCUUCUGGCCUGAAGGGAUAUAUUGUAUACUAAAUAAAUAAAUAUUUAAAAAAAAAAAAACCAUUUUUACUGUGGAGUCAGUGUUGGAGAAGUAGUUGCUUCUUGGACACUUGGACUUUCACAUACAUCACAGUAGCUGUUAGAGCUACAGCAAUUUCCUAUAUUCAGACUAGAACUUUUACUUUUGACUUCCAGAACAAAAUGAUCCUUUAAAUAAAACCUAUGUACACCUUUAAUCCCAGUGCUCUGGAGGCUGAGGCAGGCCAAUCUCUCAGCUGGAGGCCAGCCUGGUCUACUGAGUGAAUUCCACCAGGACUACACAGAGAAAACCUGUCUGUCUUUUAAAAAAAAAAAAAUAAAACAAGAGAUUAAAUUUAUUACACCAUUCUAUCAUGCAUAUAGUGAGAGAAUUUCUUUGGAUUCUGAACAUAGUUUCAGCCAAAAACAACAUUUUUCUUCACAUAUGCAUUUAUUAAAAACAUUCUGUGGUAUGUAGUUUUUCUACUAGUAAAAUAAUGAAAAUUUGAUAUUUUAAUUAAUUCUUAGACUAUUUUAGAAUUUUUAUUUUUUAAGAACUGGGUGCAGAGUAAGGCAUGGUGGGACAUACCCUUAAUCCCAGCUCUGGGAGGCAGAAUUCAAGGCAAGCCUGGUCUGCCAAGCAGUUCAGAACAGUCAGAGAUGCACAGAGAAACCUUAUCUCAACAGAGGAAAAAAAAAGGAAGAACUGUGUGUCACUGGCAGGACAUGCCUGUAAUUCCAGCACUUGGGAGGUAAAGGAUCAGUCACAAGUUCCAGGCCAAUACGGUCUACAUAGUGUGUUCCCAGACCACUCAGGACUAUCUGUCUCAAAUAAAUAAAUUCAUUUUCAUCCUUCAUUCACAAAACUGCCUAAGCUGAUUAAUUCAGAGAGAAAAAAUACCUUUUUUCACAUUUCUUUAAGCCCACUCAGCAUAAUAAUACCUUAGAUACAAACAUUCAUACACACACGUUAUAUAUAUAUAUAUUCUUUGAGAAAUUAAUGUAUUUUCAAAGAAGUCCUGCCUGCCAUUUUCCUGACACUUUGUGGAUUAGGUCUAUAAAUACUAUAGAUUCAAUCAGACCAGAGUUGCAGGGAACUAGUUUUCACAGGCCAGUUUGACCCAGUUUUAUCUGGUGUACAUAAUAGGUGUGGAUUCCCAAUUCUGCUAGCAGACUUCUUAUGUGUAAGUAACUACUACUCUAGAUUUUCCACUCAGCUCUAAAGACCCCUGGUGUAGUUCUAUACUUAGACUUCAUGAUUUGCCAAUGUUGUCAUUAGAUUUUAUCAAUGUAUUUUAACGUGGUGCUUUCUCUAAUGUCUAUUAACAUUAUAACUGAAUUUUUAAGAUAUUUCCAAAUUUAUAUUUCAUAAUAAAAAUCUAUUUUAGAAGUUA